AUGUUACCAGGGGGCCUCGCCGCCCUGUCGCCGUCGAACCCCGCCGUCGCCGUCGUCGAUCUCCGUCCGCGAGCGCUCGAGCCGCGAGCCCCGACGACUGCGCCGCCCGACGCUGAGCCCCGGAGCCUCGACGACACGCCGCUCGCUCCGGCCCGCGACCCGCCGCCUCCGCCUCACCUCGCCCGUGCACGCCUGCAGGGGAAGCCCCUGACGCCGCGCCAAUCCCUGCCGUUGCAACCCUCCUCUCAGAUCUGUCUCCGCCGUCGAUCCCAAGCCACCGGUGACCUAGAGCCGCGGGUGAGCCGAGAUCCCGCCGGAGUCCCUCCGCCCGCAAAUCCGAGGUCCCCGACGACGAAGGCCCGAACCCGGCUCGAGGCUUCCCUUUCACCGGUGCCGAGCCUCGUUGAAGACCCACAUCCGACGCUGUUGCCCUUGCUCCUCGCCGCGACGCUCGCCCCCGAUCCGGUUCUCUCACUGGACGCCGCGCCCAACAGCCCGAUCCAGACGCCGGAGCUCCUCAUCGCAGCCACCGAGGCCUCCCGCCGUCCCCGCAGCGCCCCGCCGGCCGAAGCCCGUGAUCCGAGCGCCCCGACGCAGCCCCCGCGACGCAGCCCGUGCCGCCCGACGCCGCCUCCGCUUCGCCUCCGGCCGAGCAGACCCGCGACGCUCCCCGCCGCCUCGCCGCCGACACGCCGCUCCGGAGCCUCGCGGAACCCUAGCCGGUGA